CCAAUGCAGUUGAUAUUUUCCCGCCUCACCUUUUUUUUUUUUUUUUAAGUUCCUUAUUUCUCCUUCCUUUUCCGCUUCCGUCGCGGCCGCCAAAUCCUCCUUCAUCUCCACCGGGCCUCGGCCCGCUGCUCCUCCGUUGUGCCCCGCCGGGCUGCGGCUGCCCGGGGGUAGCGGGAGAAUCCUCGGGGAGGCCGCGCCGGGGAGGACAAGAUGGAGGUAAAAGAUGCAAAUGCUGCAUUGCUGAGUAACUUUGAGGUGUACCAGUUACUUACUGAUCUCAAGCAGCAGCGUAAGGAGAGUGGCAAAACCAAGCAGAGCUCUGGGCAGCAGAAUCUGAACACAAUCAUGUAUGAGACACUGAAGUACAUUUCAAAAACACCCUGCAGGUACCAGAGCCCUGAGACUGUCAGGGAGUUCCUGAUAGCAAUGAAAGACCAUAAAUUAACCAAGGCAGAAAAGCUGCAGCUGCUGAACCACAGGCCUGUGAGUGCAGUGGAGAUCCAGCUGAUGGUGGAAGAAAGCGAGGAGAGGCUGACAGAGGAGCAGAUCGAGUCCCUCCUGCAGACAGUCACCACCAUCCUGCCAGGGGACCCAGAGGAGCAGCACAGGGACUCAGCAAUGGCAGCAGAACACAGAGGUGACCAGGCAUAGCAGGCAGCACUUCCAGGAGAGAACCAGCUGCUCUUAGUCUGGGUUUGAUACCAGUUCAAUCCUGUAUUGGACAUAACUGUAAAAUAGAUUCAGAUUUUUAUGAUUUGGAGGUGAUGAGGGAACCAAUUGUUCACAAGGAGGCAGGGAAAAGGACACAAUUGUUUGGGGGUUUUGUCAUGAGCGGGGGUGGCAGUGCCAGGGUUUGCAGUGGAGCAGCCUCAGGGGUGCUGGGGCUCAGCAUCUUUGGGGAUUUUUCCAUUCCCCAGGGAAUCAGCACAGCAGUGCUGCAGUGAGAAUUCCUUGCAGAAGCUUUGCAGUUGCCCAGGUGGCUUCCAGAGCAGUGCAAAGCCAAUUCUGGGGCUGUUUGCAGAGCAGGGAUGUACAGGAGCUCCCAAAUCUGGGCAUCAUGGAAUUGAGAGGAUCUGUGGGAGGGCAACUCAAGGAUGGCUGAGAGUCCCUUCUAAAUGAAAGAGAUCCAGAUUCAGCAAACUGCACUGAAACCAGGGAGCUGGGGGGGUUGAAGCUGUGAAACCAAAGCUGUGAGUGCCCAAACAGCAGAAUAUUGAGGUGUCCCUUUGCCCUCUGAACAUUUAUUGCAAUAUUCACACACAGACAAGGCACUCCUGAGAUGGAGGAACAAAUGAGGCAACACUGAGCUCUUGAUAUGGUUUGGGAAAAAUGAGAGUCAGGCCUGGAUGAAGCAGAAUUUCCUGAGCUUUUUUGUGUGAUGAAGGAUUUCAGGAUCAAGUAUUUCAUGUUGAAAGCCUUUGUGAUUAUAAUAAAUCAUCUGUGUGUGAAUAUCCACACAAAGUCAGCCACUGGUUUAAAUUGUGGCUGCAGACCAUUCUGUUAUAAUUAUUAUGAUGUACUGGAAAUAGAAAUAAAAUUUUAAGUACAUCCUGGGAGUUUUGCGACUUACAGACGAGAUCAAAUCACAAUAUCUGGCUUUUUUCUCCCCCCUCAGCUCUGUCAUGGGUUUAUUUUGUGUUUUUAUGCAGAGAAUUUGUGCUUUUUGAGCUUCAGUUGUGCAGUGUAUGAAAGGGACUGAUAAAUUCCACUGUCUGGGGGAUUUGUCAUAUUUGUUUUCAUGGUAUUUAAACUUCUUUGAUGUUUGGAGAGGAAAGAAAAUUAUUGGAAAAAUAUAUUUGUUGCCUCUUAGAGAUCAUUUAUCAUACAUUAAAUGCCUUCCAAGGCUGGAGACUAAAGGUACAUUUAGACUGGGUUUGUUUAAUGUUGGAGGGGGAAAGUCCUUGAUGGGUUUGUGGUACCUCCAUGUAUAUUUUUCUCUCCAAAACGGAAAGAAAACGAGAGAUAAGUGGAUCAUAGCAUGGAAAGACACUCAAUUAAUUUUAAAAUUAACAUUUUUAUUCACAGCAGCCCCCAAUUUUGUUUAACAGGCUUCAGCCUUAGGCUGCAAGUGUUUACAUUUUGAUUUAAAAUGAAGUUAUUGAGAUUUGUUCUGAACAUAUCAAAAGCAGCUGGAGCACACUGUAAAUAUCUUCAGCCAUCAAGAACAACUCAGCAGCUCCCUGAAGCUGGGUGUUCCAUCUUGGGAAUUGAUUUGUUGCUAGGCUGGAUUUCUGGCAGCAGCUGUGUGCUUGUGGGUGCUGUACAGGAUGCAGAACUCCUCACCUGCUGCUGGAGUGAACCUUUCCAUCAGUAUCAGUUCCAGAUGUUAACAGCUGGGAGCCCUCUGUGAAUCCAUCCAUGGCUUGUAAACAAUAGUUCCCCUAAAAAUCCAGUGCUGAACAACAUUUGAAAGGCUCUGGGCUUGUGGCUUGUGCACUGCAUCAAGAAAUGAGUUUUAAACCUGUAAAUUCAGGUGAGGAUUUGCUCUGAGGACAGGUUUGAGUUGUGUUGUUUGAGCUUUUCUGGGUCAGAACCCCCAGAUCAGAAAUGAUUUGUGCAGAUAUCACCUUGCUGAUGUGACACCAUUUCCCAAUGUCCUGAAUAGCACACAGAAGACCUGCCAGUCUCCCACAUUGCUUUUUAUUCCCUUAAUUAACCACAGGAGAUGGACCCUCCUAAUCUUGGAACAGAGAAGGUGGCACUGAGUGGCUCUGGGGGUACAAGAAAGGUAAAUGUGUGUUCUGAGAAGAAACUGAGCACUCAGCACUUCCUGAAUAUUUGAGAAGUGGAUAUUACUUUUCAUUUUCUCAUUUCUUAUCUCUCCCUCACCUUUUUUUCCCUGUUAUGUGUGUUUGGCUCUGCUCAGAUCUCUUCUUGUGCUGAGAAAGGGGAACGAGCUGCCAGAAUCCCUGAUCUGAUACUUGAAAACACCUGGG